AUGCACCAAAUUCCACCUCAACUGGUGCCCCGUAGAAAAGAAAACCCACCAAAAAGAGUCUGGCCGGCUCAGUCCAACGGGCCCUUCCAAGGGGCUAGCCUAGAGCCUAGCCUCCUCAGGCUCCUCUACCACUGUGCCGCUGCGGGCGUCUGGAGACCGCCAAUUGCUGGCCCCAAAUCGCCUGCACCGCUCCAACAUUUCCAUCUCAUCCUUGACCUCUCUCCUACUCUGCUGGAUCACGCUCGGCUUGCAUCCUCCGCCGCAACUCCUGUCCGCAGCCCAUCCCCUCUGCUCAUAGACGCCGAGCUCGUCGACCUCAUCUCGCCCUCGUCUCUUGCCGGAUUCGCUGUCUUCGCCACCUCGACGCCCGUUGUCAGCACCACGGCAUCCCACACACUCACGCAGCACACCCACCCCGCCGGCUGUCUGCGCACACGGCGGUAUUCCUCCAGCACACACGUCGUUCCCUCUGCCAUUUUCCAUAAAGCCACGGACAUGGCGCACGCUAUUUUGAUGAGAACCAACACAGCUCCGGCCCUGCAAACCACAAACGGCGUCGGAAGCCUGACCAAGAUGAAUAGCGCUCCUCGAAGCAGCCACCUUUCCAGUGCCACCACCUACAAUGGCUCGUCUGCCUCCCUCAGCUCCCUCAGCAGCAACGCAACUGUUGUCCCCCAGAAUGGUGGCCCCGUCAUCGCUACCUCAAAUAUCAUAAAUCAAAAGGCCGAUGCCUCUCGCUCCCUCUACCAGAUCUGCGUCUCCCUCAAACAGCGCCUAUCCCAGGUCCCCGACUUCCAGCCCUAUCUCGACCAGCUGGAUCCCGCCGACCCUGUUGAUUCGCUAUGGAACCUGUUCCGCUCAGGUCACCCUCUCCUCGUCAUCUACAACUGUCUGCAGGGUGAGCCACUCAAGGUCGAGGACCCCAAUGCCUCCGAGGCCAAGAAAUCAAAAAUUGCCAUUUUCAAAUUCGUCCAAGCCUGCCUUAGGGAGCUGCAAUUGCCUCCUGCUGAUACCUUUGUCAUUACGGAUUUAAUGGGAAAUGACACGAGUGGCUUUGUCAAGGUAACGCAAGUGGUCAACUAUGUACUCGACAUCGCCGAGCAAAAUGGACACCUGCUGCCACCGCAGUUCUUGCCCGAACCAGACUCGGGGUUGCCACCCCCGGGCACUAUGAGCUACAGAGACCACAUUGUCAAGGAACUUGUUGACACUGAGCGCAAAUAUGUCCAAGAUUUGGAGAACUUGCAUGACCUCAAGAAGAGACUAGAGCAGAAAGGCGACGUCCCUGGCGAUAUUGUCCACCAAAUAUUUCUCAACAUCAACGCCAUUCUCGACUUCCAACGCAGAUUCCUCAUUCGUGUUGAGACGACCAAUUCAGUCCACAAGGACGAUCAGCGAUGGGGCGCACCGUUCUGCUUCUACGAAAGCGCCUUCGACAUUUACCAACCCUUCAUCGCCAAUCAGCGCAAAGCCGCUCAAAUCGCCAACCUGGUCUUCGACAAGAUACAACUAUCAGAACACCCAGUCGCGACCGAUUUCAACACGUUGGACGGCUUCCUGCUCAAGCCCAUGCAACGCCUUGUCAAGUACCCUCUGCUUCUCAAGGAUCUCAAUAAAAAGACGGACGACGAAGAGAUCAAGGAAGACCUGCAAACAGGCUGCGAGGCCGCCGAGCGAGUACUUCACAAGGCUAACGAUGCUGUUCACCGCGACCUGCUGGACGAAGCCCUCGAUGAGCUCAUCGUCAGAGUAGACGACUGGAAAUCACAUAGAGUGGAACAAUUUGGUUGCCUACUACUACACGGAAUAUAUGGCGUCAUCACAGGCAAGACCGAGCAAGAGAAGGACUAUGAGAUCUAUCUGUUUGAAAACAUCUUGCUCUGCUGCAAAGAGGCCUCGGGUAGUAAGACCAAGGAGAAAAAGGACAAGACGCGUUCUCAGGGUCCUAAACUCAAGAACAAGAACGCCAAGCUGCAGCUGAAGGGCAGAAUUUUCAUGACUAACGUGACAGAUAUCGUGUCUCUUUCUAAGCCGGGCUCUCACUCUGUUCAAAUAUGGUGGAAGGGCGACCCUGGCGUGGAAAACUUUACCAUCAAGUUUGUGCACGAGGAAAUGAUGAAGACGUGGGCUAUCGGCCUCGAGACACAGCGGAAGAGGAAUGCACCACGCAUGUCAGUGAGCAACGAGACUGCGCACCAAGACUUCGCUUGGACACGAGACCACAAUCUCGAGAACCCUUACCUCCACCAGGACGAAGACGAAGACGACGAAUACGGCCCUACACACUUCCCAGCCCCACCAGGCGCAGCAUUGCCUCGCAUAUCCUCGAGCUCCAGCGUUCGUCAAAGAUCCAUGACUGGGGAGAGUACGCAGUCUCUGGCAUCCAUUGCUCGAGCACCGCCGCCUAGAUUUCCGCUUCCAUUCCCCCCCGCGCCCCUAAGCCUGCAAACGGGAAGCAACGGCGCGCCAUCGCCCGGAGCCCGAGGCGGCGACUCCUACUUUUCACCUGUUGCCGACUCGCCAGUUUCCUCUCGCGCCAGCACCACAAGCGGCGUCUUUCCAGGCCCCCCCUAUCAAUUUCCUAAUAAGAAUGGCGGCUCCUCCGGCUCUAGUUGGGACGAGAAUGCCCGAUACACAGCGCCUGCGAUGCCUCGUGCCCCGUCUCGCGAUGGCCCCCCCUCGUCUUACAACAAGCCUCCCCGCGGCCCGUCACUGCCAGUGAUGGCAUCCAAUUCUAGCUCGGCACAGCAGCAGCGCAGCCGCUCGUAUAGCACCCCCGAUGCUGGCAUUCCUGGCCUUCCGCGACAACGGCAACCAAGCCAGGGGAACAUCCCAGCAGUGCCUGGUAUCCCUCAACACCUGCACGACAGCCAUAUUGCGCGAUCCCAAAACGGUUCUCCGCGAAACGAGCUACCCAUUCGAACGAAUAGCAACAGUCCUGGGGCCGCUCGACAGCCCCUGCACAAGCAUUCCGGUAGUCUUGGUGGCACCAUGUCACACUUCCCUGCCCAGCCAAUAUACCCACGCCAAAACACACCAAGCAGCCAGGGUUCGGCGAUCCUCCGCGUCGAUCCCGCAGCCGGCAAUUCGCGAAAUCCAUCCCCUGCCCUACCGAGCGCACCACUCGGCCUGUCCUCUGGUGAAUACUACUCUAGCGAUAUGCCCUUACCCACGCAGCUCAAGGUCCGCGUCAACUGUGACAGCGGCAACUACAUUACGCUCGUCGUGGCAUUUAAUAUUAGCUACCAGUCAUUGAUCGACCGCAUCGACGCCAAGCUCGCGCGCUUCAUGAAUAGCAGCAUCAGCAAGGGGAUUCUGAAGCUCCGCUACCGCGACGAGGACGGCGACUUUGUCACCAUUGAGAGCGACGAUGACAUUCAGAUCGCCUUUAUGGAGUGGCGGGAAGGCGUGCGCAACAUGUACUCUGGUGGUGUGGGUGAGAUUGAGCUGUUCUGCGUGGGUGACGCUUCUUAG